AUGAGUUCUGCGAACUUUGCUACCGCUCAGAGGAGGGUGCUAGAGCGUCGCCAACGACUAGAGCUAGAAGCUCAGACUCGCCUUAGGGAACAGCAGCGUACGUCGCGUCUCAAUUCUACGACCCUGGACAGAUUGCCGUAUCCUCUGAACAGGCUUACAAAAUCUGGACUCUUGGUGUGGGAUAAUGUGAAGGGUCGCCAUGGUACAAAGCCUAUUUUUCGCGUCGGCCAGGUCGAUGCGGAGCUAUUAGAUGAAGAAUUGCUUGACUUGCUCAAAGGCCAGGUUGGGGAAGCCUUGAAAUAUUUUGGGGCUCAUGUUCGCGACGAAUGGUCUAGUGAAAUUCAGCUGGCACUACGUGCGUUACUCUUCAAACUUUCCAUUUGGGACCAUAAUGCCUCGUACGGUGCCGCUCUGCAAGGCCUCCGAUAUGUCGAUAGCCGAUCUACGUCACGUAUAUCUACACCACCGACAAAAUGGCAGAAAUCAUUAUACGGCUUAUUCACAGUAGGGGGUCGUUAUGCGUGGGACAAGUGGGAAACCUGGUUGAUCGAUCGUGAGAAUGGUUACGAAGAGCCCUCGACAGAUAUCCGACUUCUAUCUCGGAUAACCAAUUUGGUCUCGACGACGCAUUCUACCGCGGCAUUUGUCUCUUUCUUAGUCUUCCUUGUCAAUGGCCGGUAUCGUACUCUCAUCGACCGAAUACUUCGCAUGCGCCUUGCAGCCCCUUCCAGUCAGGUCAGUCGGGAAGUAUCAUUUGAAUAUCUUAAUCGGCAAUUAGUUUGGCAUGCAUUCACAGAGUUCCUACUGUUCCUCCUUCCGCUUGUUGGAAUUGGUCGCUGGCGACGCUGGAUAUCCCGAGCAUGGAAGAAGACAGUGGCCACAAUCAAAGCAUCGGAUGAAAACGGGUUGACAACGGAAAAGCAGGGGCAAUUCGCUUUUUUUCCUGAGCGAACAUGUGCAAUCUGCUACCAGGAUCAGAAUCCCACUUCGACGUCAGAAGCUGAUGUCCUUGGCGCAUCUGCAGGAGGCAUCAUCGGCUCAGCGCAGACCGAUAUUACGAACCCUUAUGAAACGAUUCCAUGUGGAUGUAUAUAUUGCUUUGUCUGCAUUACAGAGAAGCUGGAGGCCGAAGAAGGCGAAGGCUGGCCAUGUUUGCGGUGCGGUGACAUUGUGAAACAAUGCAAGCCUUGGAAUGGCGAUGUUCUGGAAGAGGUACCACGUUCGACUACCAGUGGGAAAGUGGUCGGAUUUUCCCUUGCAGAAGAGAAUGAGAACAAAACAAAUCAUGAAGAAGAUGAUGACGCAACGUCUGUUGCUGAUAGAGGCGAAGUCGACCAACUAACCGACAUCGUCGCUAAUGAUACAUUGCACAGUUCAAAGACAUGGUCAAUGAUCGACAAGGAAACAUCAGGGAGUUAUGAGUCAGAGUCGAUAGACGCCUGA